CAUUACCGUCGCGCUACGCUCGCGGAGUCCACGAAGAGCGAGCGGAGGAGAGUGCGUCCAGCCGCGCGCGCCAACCGUCUAGGCGAGGAAGCGCGCAGUCGAGAGAGCCGAGCGAGCGGAGCUGAGCUCGGUCUUCGUCGUAGGCUUCCGACGUAGGCGCAGUCUGUCCCGCCUCGCCGUUCAGGCCACUUCCUCGGUCGCGAUCAGCAAUCGGGCGGGCACCAACCCGUGCACCCAGAAUCGGCCUCGAACGUCAACACCUGCUGAAAGCGACAUCAGGAUCAGUCCGGUCGGUCGAGCCUCUCUCCUCGAGAGCGUGUUCUCACGUGCGUGCCAAGUACGUACGAGUGGCUUCAGGAUCAAUUCGUGCUUCCACGCCGAUCAACAUCUGCCAGAGACCGGUAUUGUUCCAUCAACACUGAGCAGCAUUAGCGCAUCGACUUUGGGACUCCCUGGGUCGUCGACCCGUGGUCUUUCUACUGUACAUCGUCCUGCGCGAGUGCCGCGUAGCGUUCCGUGAUUCCGCAUCCGCGUUUUGAUCCUUCGUGGGGAUUUCGCAGCUACGAGUACCUCGUUCCUCGCGGUGAUCCCUGAUCUUAGAUCGUCGGUGUCGAGGGAACCGUACCGUCGUGGUCCACGCGACCACCAGUUGUCUUCUCUCUUGCUCUCUCGCGUCGCGCCAAGCCGCUAGCAUGGGGGACCAGGAGCAACAGGAAACGAUGCCAAGCGUGGUGGAGCUGAACGUGGGCGGCGUCUUCUACACAACCGCCCUGACCACGCUGACUCGCGAGAGCGACUCGCACCUGGCGGCGCUCUUCACGGGCAAGUCCGCCGUGGAGAAGGACGCCAAGGGCAAGUACUUCCUGGACCGCGAUGGGGUGCUCUUCCGUUACGUGCUGGACUUCUUGCGCAAUCAGGCGCUAGUCCUGCCCGAGGGCUUCCGCGAGCGCGAGAGGCUCAAGCAGGAAGCCAGUUUCUACGGUCUGCCCGGAUUGGAGAAAGUACUCGUGGAGAACGGCGAAUCUGGCCAGGCCGGAGCGGUCGGCAAACGCGCGCCAGGAUACAUCACCAUCGGCUACCGGGGUAGCUUCGCGUUCGGCCGUGAGGGUCUGGCCGACGUCAAGUUCCGCAAAUUGUCGAGGAUCCUCGUCUGCGGCCGCGUGGCACUCUGUCGGGACGUGUUCGGCGAGACGUUGAACGAGAGCCGCGAUCCCGACCACGGGAUGUCCGACCGCUACACGUCGCGCUUCUUCCUCAAGCACAGCGUCAUCGAGCAGGCCUUCGACAUGCUGCAGGAGCAGGGUUUCAGGCUGGCGGGCAGCUGCGGCUCCGGCACCGCCGGCGGCAACGCCGAGCAGCUGAAACCUGGCGUGGACACCGAGGAGAAUCGCUGGAACCAUUACAACGAGUUCGUCUUUGUGCGCGAUUAAGGAGCCCCGCGAGCGGCUCCUUCCGCCGAGCAAAGGUGCACCCCGGUUGAUCCUGAUCGUCGUCGACGGCUCGCACCCCUUGUAAACGUGCGGGACGACGAUCGCGGCCGCCGCGAGAGAAGACUUCCUCUGGCACUCGACCGGCUCGAGGUGGAACCGGAAACGUUCGCGAGGACACGUGUAGCCAGCGCGUGAACGGAUGCGAGAACCUCGUUUGGUAGCCUCGUAGCAUCAGAUAAUAAGGAUUGAUACGCGAUGUCAGGCUUAACGGAGAUUCAUAUGCGAAAGUGUCGGACGCUUGUUUCGCGAAGUUCCUAAUUAAUCUCGCCUCGUGAGAGCUUCUCCCGAAGCUACCGGUGUCAUCAGUCAACGUUGGGAACGCGACGUUGCAGAUAAAUAGGAAUUGGGGACACUUCGACCGUUCUGUGAGCACCAGCAUCGCCACCUGAGACACCAGUUCUCGUGAUUCCUUCGCUUCAAUCGAUUCUUUCAUCAGGAUGAAGAUAAUGGACGGGAUGGGAGACGCGACGAGGAUAGAUUUCCGAGUCUCUCGACGGCACCCUCGUCUGAGACACCGACAAUGCUGAUAACGAGGAAUUGAAGCGGCGUAUUAAGGGAAACUGUAAGCCUAUCGAGCUUAAUGUACGCCUACACCGGACAUUUGAAUCGACGCUUGUUGAUGCCUCGAAGGCGCAUUGUAGAAAAUUACGAGCGGCGAGCCGACUCUGAGACCGCGUAUGUUUGCUUACAAGCUAGAGACGUUCCAUGGAAUUUCCGCGCGUGACUAGAGGACGUUUAGUUGUACAUUAAUUUCAUCUGUUAAGUUCAUAGGGUUGAAAACUUCUCGGAAUACAGCGCGUUAAUGUCUCUUGUUGACGGUGCGGCAUGAAAUUGCUGUUCUCGAGAAAAAUCCGAGUCACUUCCAACCACGGAGGCUGUUGCGAGGGAGGGACGUUUAUUAAAAAGCAGUCUCGCGUAAAUCCGCAGGAUGAAAGCCGCCAAUGUCGGGUGUUUCUCAUUGGUGGUGGACGCGAAGUAAGACGGUGAAUGAAACGCACACACGGGGCAAAGCGGAUCGGGGCGGUGGGUUGUGGGCUAAGGUUGAAAUAUAUCCGCGAACGGACGCGACUUGACCGCUUAAAAAGGCAAUGGUGUCAGAUACGUCAGUGAUAAAUGUUGCCAACUAGGACGGGCGAGAAAAUGUAAGAGAGAAAAGAAACACAGAUGCGACCUGGGAGAUCGUGCAAUCGGCCUUGCGUUGCUUAAAAUCGGAUCGAGCGAGCGGACACAAGAGAUUUUGCUUCUCAUACGCGUCUGAGAUGGAAAAAUUGAAAAACAAAAAAUUCUGGGCGAACACCUGAUAAUGAGACUAUCGUUUAAAGAAAGCUUCCGGUGCUAGUCUACUGUUUUAAUACUGGCAAAUGAUUGAAGACGAAGUGGUCAAUUGCCAGACUGUAGUCAGAUCGGGUAGUGACCGCCGAUCAUUAAUCAGACCAAGUUAACGGCGCGUUGGAAUGCUUCCUUCCGGUAGAAAAUAUGCGUGAAAAAUUAGCGGAUCAAGGACUCGUAAAUAAUAUAAUAGGCAUGCUCGGUGAAAAUGAUCUCUUCUGGAUGAACUUGGUUCAAACAGGCGACUAGCUCCGUUCUCGAUGUGGGCGGUGAGGCUUGUUGAAUGCGUGUUCUUGCGACCCGACACGAUGUCAAACGUGCUAUUCAAACGACGGAACGUCAGACACGUCUCUCUCCUAAUAAUUCUUCGUCAGCCUCUUAAAGCACGAGAGGGUCAACGCUGUUUCCUCUUUUUUUUGUUGCUUUAGAUUCCCUUCUUCGUAAAAUGGUAUGUAAAUAAGUGUGGCAGGUAACUCGUAGCUUUUAAUACUUGUCGACUUGCGGAAUGUCGCGGCACGAUAGAGUCAAGAUAUCGUUAUCAAAUUACAGUGGACUUAGUGAAUAAAUUUGUUAACAAACUCGUCUGGAUAAUAUUUUUGAAUGAAGGCAAAAUUCAAGAUUCCUCUUUCUUUUUGAUAUAUUAGAAUCGUGGCAUCUGUGGAACACAGAUUUGAUGAAGAAAGCUUGAGGAGAGAACUCAAAGACAUAGAAAAAUACGUACAAAUUACAAAUCGAAUAUUAUGUAGCCGCAUAUAGUAGUGACUUGAUACGCAUUAAUACUUCGAACAUUUCUGAGCAUGCUUGAAUUUGAAGGUUCAUUACAACCGAUUAUAACUUGAAAUCUUAAUUAUUUUAAACGUCUUUAUUAUCGACCUGUAGAUUAACUCGAAAUAGCAGAUGGCAGACAUUUAUUUCGAGCUCUCCGACUAUUGCACGUCGAGACAUGCAAUGUAUCAUUUACUUGUUUGUUUAUUACGGGUAAUUUUAAUUAGUUUAAACAGGUCUUUAUUAUCGACCUGUAGAUUGCCUCAAAGUAUCAGAUGGUAGACAUUUAUUUUAAGCUCCCCGACUAUUGCGCGUCGAGACACGUAGUAUAUUAUUUGCUUGUUUGUUUAUUACGGGUAAUUAUUCACGUGCUUUGUGAGGUAAGACUUGAAAAAUUCAUCGCGAUUACAACCUGUCGCAACAGGUUAUCGUGUAACGGACCAUAUUUAGUAACUGCUCCGAAAAUGCCAACUGAAACAAAGACAGAUAUUAAGAAUUUUGUUAAAAAGAAUUUUAUUGCUUUCUCGUUAUCGUUAUCGAAGAUGCAUAACGUGAAAAUUUUCCUAAGAAUACUAUCGAUGUAAUACAUCUUGCAUUGUAACGGAGUUUCGUAUGUACAUAGUACAGGAUAACACUUAUUAUUAUGACAAUCGAUGAAUUUACCAGAUGAUUCGUAAGACGAAUGUGUAAUGUUAACUCGAUUUAAAAUAUACGUUUAACUGUUUAACUCCUAACUUUUUAACGGGACAACAGAAUCAUGUACUGCGAAAGAGUAUACUAAUGCUUUACGAGAUUUAAGAUGAAAAUUCACGAUUGGAUGUUUGGUGUUCAUAAUUUUCGCACGGGUUGCGGUCGUUCAAAAGCAAUUUAGAAGCGAUGAUGCGAAUCGCGGCUGUUAUCGUUAGCGCGUGGUUCGCCGUUCGAUGAACGGUGCAUCUGCGUCCGCAAUGGAUUGAUUUAUAAUGACGUUACGUUCGGUUGUGCGAGUUAUGCGUGUCAACGCGAGGCGUUAUAUGUAACCGAGAGUGGACAUGAUACCACCCACACAGGCGCGCGCGCGCGCGUGUGUGUCCGAGAAAAUUUAAUUCAUCGAUUUCGCGCAGCCACAGAAACGGUUAAUCCUUGCUACGUACUGAAACACCUCAGGAAUGAUGCCAGUUGCUAAAACACGAAGGACAAUGUUCCGCGUUGGGCAUGAGAGCGUCGUUAUUGCGCAAUACUGGACGGGUGAAGGGUGAACGACGUGUUCGAGUUUCCAAGUCCGCGUCUUGCGUGGAGACCAGCUGUCAGAUGACCUGCAAUUGAUCAUGAUGAUGACGACGAGUGCGCUGAGUGAUGUAUUGGAUAUAUAUAUCGUGCUGGGAAGCUGUAUUGAUUAAUAGGAGGCAGCGACACUCUGUAAUCGUUACGCGAUUACUUCGUUUAGUAAAAUCGCCUACUUCCACUUUACUUUGUACAAAUGAAGACAUUCAGGUAAAUCAAACUUGUAAGAUAGUAGACGGACGUUACAGGAGAUUAAUGUAAGGGAAUCCUACGUAGAGCGAUGGCGAACUCCAAUUUACUUUAUUGCAACACGGACAGAAAUUUCGGUCCUCUCCGAGGGUACAUAUCACACGGACGUUUGUUUUUCGACGUACCUUUAUUUAGCACACUCGUCGGCGUGGCCGUUUAUAUCGAGCUGCUCGAUUUACGACAGAAUUCCACGUCGAUUUCUGAUUCGUGGAUACAGUCCACACGCGAAAUUGGGGGCCCAAAGCAAAUAUUUAUUGCGACACAUCGAGCGCGUUCGAGUUAUUUCGCUAUUGGUAACGCGCCUCGAGAGUUGAUCAACGAUCAAUUUUCGACUACCUGUACUGGUUCGUCUAUAUUGUCAGAUAGAACUAAACUGUAUUUUCUGAUCUCUAUAUUGAUUUCUAAGAUACUGCAAGCGAUUUUCAAAUAUAACGGGAAGACACAUGUAAGUGUGCUCUCUACUCAUGUGUGCGCGUUAGUGUGUUGUAAACCUCCUAGACAAAUUAAUAUACAUUCAUAUAUUCAUUUUACUCGAUUGUACUUGUGUAUCUGCAGAAUUUUCCUCCGAGUUACAUUUAUAUAUUUCUUACGCCUGUAACGCAAAUGUUACGCAAGCCUGAGCUUUGUCGAGAACCUUAUAGAGAUAAAACAGUUUUAGUAAAUUUAAAAUAAUGCACAAGAUUAUUUGCUUGCCUCAACAAAUUUGUCCCAGUGUAUGCGUGCAUGAGGAACAUCGAGAUCGACGAUUCGCCGAUUGAUCAUAUCACGCGUCGUGAUACGGAGGCUCUAUUCCAUAGCUUUAGAAGCAGCGCAUUACAAAUCGCCGUGAAAAGAAGCGAGCUACGAGCAAACAAAUUUGACAGGAUUCAAGUUUCCUUUUAAUUCCAUCGAAUUUCGUCGAAGGAUUCGAAUUUCACCAAAAUCGAUUCGAUAUUCGAAUUUCUCUCGGAGCAUAAUGUUAUAUUUUCACACAAGUAUGUUUGAUCAAAUAGGCCUUUCACUUGAGUUCGGCGAGACUCUUUUCGUUGCAGCAAAGUUUCUGUAAAUGCUAUUGAAGUUUAGAGUUUGAUGUUAGUGUUCCAAGUUUCGGUUGAAAAAUAUAAUAGGGGAUACACAGGAAGUAGUGGAGGAAUAAUAUUUAAUUAUGAUCGGAUCAUUUUUCAAUUUAUAUUUGCGAUAGUAAAACACACCACUCUACAGCAGAUAUUUAAAGGCAUCUACUCGUAACGACAGAAUGAUUUAUCUCAAAAUGUUUUUUUUUUAAAUUAAAUUAGGAGACAUCUUGACCAAUGGAAUUUAGACAUAUAAAGUACUUAAUACUUGCAUACUUAUAUUUAUUCAUUGGACGGGUGAGAUAUUUUCCGACGCAUUGCAUGUGGUUUGACGUUCUUUGAGAAAUGGUCCGACCAGAAAUUGCAACGCAUGUCGUGGGGAGACUUGAUUUCCAUAUUUGAAACUCGGAAACUGUUUAUUGAGGAGAAUUCAACGAGUAGAAUCAGAAUGGUGUUAGGUAGAGUGUAAGACUGUGACGAAUAUAAAAUUAUUGUACAUGUAUAUACAUAUAUAACUAAGUGAAAAGAGAAAAAAAUAAAAGAAUGAAAUGA